GGGGGUGGGGGGUAAAUUCGUCGCAGUCAUAAACUCAGCGCUCGUGCGGCUGACGCAAUGAACCGGCUGCGGCUCGUGGUCCGUGUGGACAAUGUAACUCAAGUUGCCGCUCACACACUGUAUUUUGACCCAAAAUGGCGGAGGGCUUCACCCUGUUUCUUCUGUCUGGAAUGCUGAUGUGUGGGCUGCUGCUUUACACGGUGUCCCGACAUGGAGCUGAUGUCGAUAAGACCAGUAAGAAGCCCAAUUUCAUCAUCAUACUGGCAGAUGACAUAGGCUGGGGUGACCUGGAUGUCAACCAACCUGAAGGGAAGGCAAACAAUACGCCUCACCUCAACCUGAUGGCCGAGCAAGGCCAGAGAUUGACAGACUUCCAUUCUCCCGCCUCAACCUGCUCCCCAUCCCGUGCUGCCAUACUGACAGGCCGCUAUGGCCUGAGGAACGGGGUGACACAUAACUUUGCUGUGGGCUCUGUGGCCGGUCUGCCUCUGUCUGAAGUCACUUUGCCCCAGCUCCUACAAGAGGCGGGAUAUUACACCGCCAUGAUCGGGAAAUGGCAUCUUGGCCACAAUGGACCAUACAGCCCAACUAACAGAGGUUUUGACUACUACCUAGGUAUUCCUUACAGUAAUGACAUGGGCUGUACUGACAGACCUGGAUAUGAUUUGCCAAGGUGCCUUCCCUGUGACGCCUCUGGACCUCAGGUGAUCAGAUUGAAGAGGAGUGCACAUGGAGGCUGUUAUUCCAAAGUGGGCCUUCCUCUGAUCGAAAACAGCAGUAUUGUGGAGCAGCCGCUUGACCUGUGGACACUAACAGAGCAAUACAAAUCUUCUGCAACCAGGAUUAUACGCAAUGCGAGGGAGCGAGGACAGCCCUAUCUCCUCUACAUCGCCUUGGCUCACAUGCAUGUUCCUCUGGCCCCUCCGCUCCCCCCAGAUGCCUCUGCCGCCGCCCGUCGCACAGAUGACGACACAGUGUACAGUUCCAGCCUGCGGGAGAUGGACAGCCUGGUGGGGGCGGUAAAGAGCACCUCUGAUGACACAGACAUAGACAAUACUCUCAUCUGGUUCACCGGUGACAACGGCCCUUGGGAACAGAAGUGCCAGUACGCAGGAAAUGUUGGACCUUUUAUGGGGAAGUGGCAGACCAGCAGAGGUGGGGGCUCGGCUAAACGGACCACCUGGGAGGGAGGUCACAGGGUGCCAACUGUGGUUUAUUGGCCCGGGAUGAUUCCUGCAAACACCAGCAGCUCAGCCCUGCUCAGUGGUAUGGACAUCUUCCCAACCCUUCUGUCCCUGGCCGGGGUGACUCCCCCCUCAGAUAGACGUUACGAUGGCACUGACACCACAAAUGUCCUCCUGCGUGGCGAACAAACCGGCCAUGAGUUUCUCUUCCACCCUAAUAGUGGUGCUGCGGGGAAGUUUGGUGACCUGCAGGCAGUUCGAACAGGGAAAUACAAAGCUUUCUUCAUCACGGGUGCAGCAGAGGCAUGUGGGGGUGCAACAGGAAGGCAGCAGCUCCACGAUCCGCCACUGAUAUUUAAUCUAGAGCAUGACGAGGCUGAGGAAACACCCCUGAAGAUGGAGACACCUGAGUACCAAGCAGUAGCGGAAAGGGUCGCCCGCAAGAGGGAGGAGUUAUUAUGGGACAUUGCCACUGAUAAGUCUGUGUCCUCAGCAGACUACAGCACAGACGUAUCAGCAGCGCCUUGCUGCGACCCUACACAGGCUGUUUGCCGCUGCCACCCGCUGGGCUGAGGAGUGGGGAAAGCACACACACACACACACACACACACACACACACAAACACUCUCACAAUAGACUGAAAGAGAAGCAAACAGAUGUGGAAACAAAUGUCUCCUUUAGAUGUGCUCAGCUGUUUGUUUGUAGAAUGUGGUUUUUGGGAGGUUCAAUGUCCAGAUGCAGCAGGAGACGUGCAAACAAGCAGAGAGCAAAGAGAUGCAGGCCGCUGAACUUUGGCCAGAGGGGGAAAAUGAGAUCUGAUAGAAGACAAAGGUACAAUCUGUUAAUCACUGUAAUUCAUGAAUUAAUGUUUGCUGAUGUCUAAUACUUAGAUUUAUCAUUAUUUUUUGAUAUUUUAUGAAUUAAAGGGUAACUAUGA